UUGGAACCACGAAGAAGAGUCGCGUGAACAAGGAAGUUACUCUUUUUACGGGAAGCGUAAAGCUCCCCUUUGUUUUGUUUUGUCUUUGUUUUCUUGUCUCGGACCGUUGGCCGUUUCCCAUCGGAGCAGUCGGCCAGAUCGAUUAAUAGGUUAUCCUCCAUCUGAUUCGUUUCUGUUCAGUUUAUUUUUGUAUGACAGUUGACGAGUUUGGCGUUAGCUUCACACGCUAACAACAGAGCUAACAGCGGAGCUAACGGCUAACGGCUAACGGGCCUGGAGGCCGUUUGUGGUCGGGGCGAGGGGAUACAGCUACGGCUACGCCAGUUAAGUUUAGGCACUCAGACGAGAACGUAAGUUAAAGGAAACUCGGGUUUGGAUUACAACAGUAGCGAGGAAUGAACACACGUUCCCUGUGUGAAAUUAUUAAAGUUAUAUUACUAUCCCAACCGAGAUUUGCGUAACUUCCGGCCGUAGCCGUAUCCCUUCUAGCCCCAGCCGCCGUCUGUUCGUUGUAUCCUCGUCUAUGUCCAACAUCCGGGGCUUUAAGCUUUAAAAACACCAGACACCAGCGAGGAGGAGGGCGCGAGGGCCGCUGUCACACGUCUACCACCCAGGCCAUGUAUGCCCCGCCGGGUCCCGCGGCCCCCGGGGGCCGGAGGCGGAGAGGAGGCACCCCGCUGCCCAAGCAGCCGGAGCGGAGCCUGGUGUCGGCUCUGCCCGGGGCCCUGUCCAUCACGGCGCUGUGCACGGCCCUGGCCGAGCCGGCCUGGCUCCGCCUGCACGGAGGAACCUGCCCCAAGCAGGAGCUGGGGGUGGCGGACGUCCUCGGGUACAUUGACCCCAAGCUCCUGGACGACUACUGCGUGAACCCCCAGACCGUGCUGCUGAUGAGGGUGAUCGCCGCCUUCUGUUUCCUGGGCAUCCUGUGCAGUCUGACGGCGUUCCUCCUGGACGUGUUCGGACCCAGACACCCCGCCCUGAAGAUCACUCGCAGAUACGCGUUCGCACACAUUCUCACAGUGUUGCAGUGUGCCACGGUCAUCGGGUUCUGCUACUGGGCGUCGGAGCUCAUCCUGUCCCUGCAGCAGCAGCAUAAGAAGUACCACGGCUCUCUGAUCUACGUCACCUUCGCCAUCAGCUUCUACCUGGUGGCGGGGGCGGGCGGCGCCUCCAUCCUCGCCACGGCCGCCAACCUGCUGCGCCACUACCCCACCGAGGAGGAGGAGCAGGCGCUGGAGCUGCUGUCCGAGAUGGAGGACAGCAGCGAGACCUUCCCCGCCGACUACGACGUCGCCAACCAGUUCCAGCCGCCGCCGGCGUACACGCCGUAAUGUACACGCCGUAACGCCACGACGACACACGACGGCCUGUUUUUCUAAACACUCGCUUCUCUCUCUCUCAGCACGGCUUUCGGCUCGAUGAGCAAACCCCCAACCACCCCCCCCCCCCCCCCCUCUUUAUCACACGGAUAUCUUCGCGAAGUAGCUCGCCGAGAUCGGCGCGGCGUGCGCGCUCCGUGCACGUGACUGGCUCGGCGGCGCUGUGGGUGCAUGGCGGCUUCAUCCCGCGGGGGCGGAACGUUUAGGAGGAGUUUUUGCGUGUAAAUGGCUUUUAGGAAUUAGUUGUUGUUAUUUUUGUUUUUUUUUUUACCCUCGUGUUGUCUUCCCGUCAAAAUUGAAAAUCAACACUUUUGUUGAUGUUUUUUAAUAAAAAACAAAAAACCUUUUCUAAUGUUUUUGUCCCUUUUUUUUAUAAUUACACCUAAGGUUUGUAGAAAGGCAGAAAUAGGAAUAUGAGACUAAAUUAAAGGAAUGGAUGUUGAUGAUAACACAGAC